UCUGUAUUAUAAAAAUGGAACUAAUUUGUCUUCUCCAUUUGUUUUGUGAGUUAUAAAAAUGGAAUUUCCCAAGAAAAAGAUCAUCGUAACAAACGGGUAGCAUCUUCCUUUGUUUCAUGUUCUUGUUCUUGCUUUGACUCACUCUCAGAGACACCAAAUUUUCUCUUGCGACACUUGACAUAAGACCAAAUUUUUUGAAGGAGGACAAGGAAGAUGAGUGGGGAAGGAAAGGUGGUGUGUGUGACAGGAGCUGCUGGUUUCAUUGCUUCUUGGAUUGUUAAGUUCCUCCUCCAACGUGGUUACACUGUCAGAGGCACUGUUCGUGACCCAAGUAAUCCAAAAAAGGUGGACCAUUUGCGUAAGCUUGAUGGUGCAAAGGAGAGGUUGCAGCUCUUUAAGGCAGAUCUUUUGGAAGAAGGUUCCUUUGACUCUGUUGUUGAGGGUUGUGAUGGUGUCUUUCAUACUGCUUCACCUGUUCGUUUUGUCGUAAAUUUUCCACAGGCUGAGUUGAUUGAUCCCGCACUGAAGGGAACUCUUAAUGUUCUUAAAUCAUGUGCGAAAUCACCAUCUGUGAAACGAGUUAUCUUGACUUCUUCUGUUUCUGCAGUUGUAUUUAAUACAAGGCCGAAAAAUCCCGAAGUCGUUGUUGACGAGACAUGGUUUUCAGAUCCAGAUUUCUGUAGGGAAUCAAAGUUAUGGUACACACUUUCAAAGACUUUGGCUGAGGCUGCUGCCUGGAAAUUUGCAAAUGAAAACAAUAUUGAUAUGGUUGUUAUUAACCCAACAAUGGUGGUAGGAUCUCUCUUGCAACCGGAGGUUAAUGAAAGUGUUGAACCAAUUUUAAGGCUAAUAAAUGGUAUACCUUUUCCAAAUAAAGCUUUUGGAUGGGUCGAUGUGAAAGAUGUUGCUCACGCCCAUGUUAACGCAUACGAGAUUGCUUCUGCUAGUGGAAGAUAUUGUUUGGCAGAUAGAGUGGUACACUAUUCAGAAAUUGCUCGGAUUUUACGUGAUUUGUACCCAAAAUUACAAAUUUCAGACAAGUGUGAAGAUGAUGGAUCAUAUAUGCUACCAUAUCAGAUUUCCAAGGAAAAGGCUAAAAGCUUGGGAAUCGAGUUUACGCCUUUGGAAGUCAGCCUCAAGGAGACUGUGGAAAGCUUCAGAGAGAAAAAGAUUCUCGACUUUUAAUCUGUCGUGAUAUCCCAUUUAAUCAAUAAAUUCAUGACAAUAUAUUACUGUCAUUUCUUCCAUGAAGUGAAAGUGAACCCCAUUUGGUAGAAUAACAUUUCUGAUUGUUGUUGAAAAAAUAAAUGAUGACAACAUCAGUGUUCACUUUGUGAUUAUUACUUAGUUUUUAUUAUUUAAAGAAUGAUAAACUUAGUUGAAAAAUCAAUAGAAGUGAAACAUCACAAGUAGACAAGACUGACUCUCACUCCUGCCGUAGUGGAGUCGCAUAACGUGGAAAAAUGUCCAUGUGCAAGCCCUAAUGUGGCUACGACCACCACUAGUCCUGGGCUACGGCUGUAGCCACUCGUCUAAUCAAUUUUCGUCAGUAUGCUUCUUGAAUGCUAGUGGUUUCAUGUAAUAAUCAAUAUUGAUUUCUUAGUGGUCA